AUGCCGGACGAAAAUAAGAAUGAAGUGUUUGAGACCGCCGUUUAUGUUGUACAGAAUCUGCCGAAAGACGGUCAGUUCUCCUUUUGCUUUCCCCUUAAUUUCCUUCAUUUUUAGGCCCUGUAAAGACUUCGACCGAUGAGAAACUCAACUUUUACGGUCUUUUCAAACAGGCGACACGCGGAAAAUGCGACACUCGGAAGCCGAGUUUCUAUGAUGUUCAGGGCGUUUACAAGUGGAACGCGUGGAACAAACUGGACGAGAUGAGUUCGGAAGAGGCCCAGAAAGAGUACGUCCGAGCGAUUGUCGACAAGAUUCGGGAGGUGCAGAAGACGUACAAGACGGAAGAAUGGAUGAAGGGCGAGACUUACGAGAAGCUGGGGCCGAAGUUUGAGGUGCUCGGGAUUCUGGAAGAGAAAAAGGAGAAAGAAGAGGAGCCGGUGGACAUUGUGAUGGAUCACGAGCCGACGGAGAAGAUGACAGAGUCGGUGGAGAUUCUGGAGGCGAAAGAGGUCGAGCACGACAACACGGCCAACACGAGUGCCUGUGCCUUAUCGGACAACGAGUACGCCGACGCCAUCGACGAUGAGAUACAGUCCAGGUGGGGAAAGUUGGGGUGGGUUGCGACAUGGGGACGUUUUGAAACCAGCUAUUCGAAAACUAAAGACGCUUAGAAACAGAACCAUCGCGACAGAUUACUCAACUGUUCAGAUCCUCCUCUUUCUCGCAACCACGUCUCCGUCGGCAGGGAUCUCCGUCGCUCAGAAGCACUUGUCACAGGUAAUUCCAUCCCUGACAAUUCCGAGCUCUCAUUUUGAGUCUCUCUGCAUUUCAAUGUGUCGCUGUUCCAUGAAAGACAUUGAAAAGAACCACAAAGCUUUAGAAACGUACAAAACUGUCGUCAAUGAAGUUUGUUUCAGACUCGAAAAAGAGCUGAAAGUGAUCACCGAAUCAAUUGAAAAGCUCGGAAAGGCGGUCGAAGAACGCCACAGCAUCCUGAUAACCCUAAUGAAAAAGGCGGUGAGUUCAACUCAAAUCUCGAAGCUCUAUGUACUGACAAACUUGCAGACGGUCUACAUCCUGGUGCCACGUGCCACCUCCUGGCGGACCGUCAUAUUCUUCGUGUUCUGGCCGUUCGUCGCACACUUUCUGCUACAAUGGCUCCGCCGAUUUCUGAUGAUUUUGGUUCAGUAG